GUGGAAGCGCAACAAGUGUUUUGUGUUUAAUCAUUAUAAAUAUACACGUGUAAUUUUUAAACUUUUUAGUGAUAUUACUUUAAAACGUUUAUAAACCUGUGGCCACUUUAAGAACACAUUAAUGUUUGGGUCGUGUAAAUCUGGUUGGAAAAAUAAUCUGAAAGUUGUGAUUUCCCGAGCUUGGUACUGCUACCCGUUGAAGCUUUGACCGUUUUUGAGGAAUGAAUAUCAUGAAGAAAAAACCCGAAUUGUUAAAGAAAACAGGUAAAUCUAGCCAAACCCUUAGAAAAUUUCUAAAUAAUUUAAAAGAAAAUGACCUACACUAUGAAAAUAAACAAAUAACCCAAUGUGUAUUCUUGGGUGUUUUGAGACUAAAACCAGUACCUUCAAUUUUCUCCAACAAUGUGCCUUCAGUUAGUACGACCGUUGAAAUUAAUAAAUCUAAAAGAAUUAAAAAUAUUAAGAGUAAUAAAGAACUAAAUAAGAAUGCAUCCAAGAAAAAUAAUAUUAACAAGGUGCUCAGCGGAAAGAUUAGUAAGAAAAGUCCAGACAAAGUUAAAGCGGAUGUUAAAAAAGUGCCUAUUAAGAAAUCAAGUAUUAAGAUUAAAUUGAACCCUAAGAAAAAAAUUCAUGAAGUAGAACCUUCAAUGUCUAAUGGAAAUCAAGAAACGCCUUCUUCAGAUACAUCUAAUACAGAAAGUCCAGAUUCUAUAAUUGCAAGAUCUACAUUAACAAUAAGUCCGAUUGUGAGUCCAACAAAAUUCAAUCCCGUCCAAAAUCUGUUUGACAAAUUAAAACAGCGGAGAGAAGAAAGUCAGAACGAAGCAGGGCCCUCAAAAAUUGCGGCACUGUCUAAUAAGACAAAAGAAGUAUCAAAAUCUCCAACCAUUAGGUACAAAGUUUGCAAAAUAAAUGCAAAUGGGCAUAGCAGUCCAAAUAUCAACAGCUGUAAAAAACUAAAAAAGUCUUUAUAUAAAAAAUCUCAUGAACGAUUAUCAUUACCCUUAAUAUCAACUAGUCCAAUCACCGUGUCUGAUACUGAAUCCAUUGAUAAAAAAGAUAAAGAUGACGUUAUUUUACUUGAUGAAAAUAAUUCAAGUAACGGUGAUUCUAGUGAUAACGGUAUAGUGGAAGAUAUAAUUAUCAUAAAUGAUGAUCCGAGACCAAAAAACGAAGAAGUAAUUAAUCAAGAAAUUAUUGACAAGCGGAUUCAAAUACGCAAUAGUACUUCAACUUUAUUAAACAUAAAUGCAGAACAGCUUGUCGGCACUACCCAGUGCAAAGAAGUUAUUGUUAUUGCUGAUGAACCAAAACAAAUAGAUAAAUUAGAAAAUAAUAAUAUUACGCCCCUUCAAAAAAGUAAAGAGAACCACCACAUCACAAAUAAGAGUGACGUCAUUGUUAUUGACGAAGUGAGAGAAGUGCGAGUUUCUCCGAGGCUUAAAAAAAUAGAAGAAAAGGCUAAAGAAACUACCGGAAACAUUGAACAAGCAUUUGUGGAUGAGGUGGUAAUUAUAACAGAUGAUAAGAACGUUUCAAACGCAGAGCCGGAAAUUCUACAAAAAGACUCUGUAGAUAUAUCUAAAACACAAGAACUGAACAGUGCCGUAGAUAGUCGGCAAAAUGAAAACAAAAAGCAAAAGACGUCCCCAAAACUGUCAAAAAUAGUUGCUGCAAAUGACAAACUGCCUGCUGCUAUUAAAAAAGAAUUAAUUGAAGAAGCUGUGGUUGUGAACGAGAAACCGAAAAGAAGAAAAAAUACAAUGAGAUCACCUACACUCCUUCCACCAUUGUUGUUGAACGCUCCUAUGUUACUUAGAUCAGAGUUGGCCCCAAAAAAACCAAAUUAUGUGAAUGAAAAGCCCAGGGUUAGAAAAUCCAGAAGCAAAAUAAAGGAUUCUUCAAAUUCAAAACCUGUUAUGGGACCAGUGAAGAAUACUAGCAAAGUUGAAUCAAUAAAACUUAACAAAAAUGCGAAAACUCUACAGUUAGAAAAAGAAACAUCAAGAUCGGAUCAAGGAUACCUCAGUCUUAGUAAAGUACCUUUAACCAUGUCCGUCAGCUGUGAAUGUGAAAAGCAAUCAGAUGAAAUAAUUUGCAUUGAUGACUCAUCGAAAAAUAAAAGUUCCAAUGGUAGAGCGAUGUUAAAAAAAUUGAAUGUACAUGAACAUAAUGCAAAUAACAUUGAAGUUGAAAGAGUACAAGUAUCUUCCCAUCCGCAGGAACUUGGGCAAAAAGAAAGUCCCAAAAGUUCGUGCUCAAAACUACAAGAACAUGAAAGUGUAAAAGAUGAUAUUAUCAUUCUUAAUGAUGAAGAAUGUGAAUUGAAGACUAAACCCAAGGAAAUUAAAAAACAGAGAAUAAAAAUUUUUAAUAAAAAAUCUGUGUCAGAAGUAACUGCCCAUAAAGACGAAGAUGAUGUUAUUGUAAAAGAAGAAAAUAAUCCCAAAGAAAAGAUUUCUCCAAGAUUGUUAAGAUCUGACUUGUUAAAACAAAAAACAUUGUUAGAAGCAACAAAUAUUCAUUCACCAAAUACGGAAAAAGUAGAAUCGGAAGUAAACGAGUUCAUUAAUUUAACAGAAGAACCUGAAUCAAAUAAAUAUAUUUCUCCAAGAACACUUAGGUCGAAUUUUAUUAAAAAAGAUACGAGUCGGAAUUCUUUAAUGGAUAAUAUUAUUGUAAUAAAAGAUGAAGAAUUUUCAACGAAAAGCGAUGAGAUGCUCCAAAAGCUAUCAGAAGCUGAUAAAUCACAACAAAAAAAUAAGAGAAAAUCAAUACAAAAGACUAAACAAGUCGAUUUGGAUGAAAUAAUAAUUGUGAACGAUAGAACAGUAAAGAAACAAGAGAAAUAUAGUGGCAGACUAUUACGGUCUGAUUUGUCUCAAUUAAAUGCUAAAAAAAGCAUUCCAAUAAAGACAGAAUUAGAAGAAGUCGUUUUGAUUCAUGAUGAACCGAAACAGAAGGAAAAAUCUGCAUUCUUAUCAUUGAAACCAAGGUCCAAUGAACUAUCAUGUGGGUCAGAAAACGUUCUUGUUCCGGAAGAACAAAAAAGUGAAAUAAAGGGAAAAACUCUUAGGUCUUCGCGAUUGGAUAGAGUUCAGAAAUAUAAUACAGAAGUAACAUCACCCAAACCCAAAACCAAGAACUCUAGAAUUGUGAAAGUGGAAAAUAAUUCUUUACCAAACUCAUCUGUGGAUCAACAAUUUAAUGUAGAUAAUUUACACGAAAAUUCACCAAGAAAUUUUGAACAACCGUUGAUGGAAGUGAUAGUUGUAAAAGUAAAGAAAGAAACGUCAUCUCAUAGAUUGCUAAGGUCUGAAACUGCUCGAAGGGGAUUGUCUGAAAAUAUUAAUGUCAGUAAUGCAAAUAUUGAUAACAUGAUUUCUGCCCCAAGAUUGUUACGUUCAGAACUAUGUACACAGAGAAACUCCCAAAAUGUAACCAAAGAACAAUGCCUCAGUCCAAAAACCACAAGGAAAAGAAGAUCUCCACAAAAUAGUCCACAAUCUAAUGAAAGUAAUACUUCUUCACAAAACGAGCCAAGUAAAGUAGUGGUUAUUCAAAAUGAGUUAAUUGAAAACCAACCUUUUGCUCCGGAAGAUGCAGAAAUGCAAAAACAAUCUGAAUUACCUGUUCCUGAAAAUAGCCCUAAACUUCUUGGUAAAAAACCAGAAAUGGCAAGUGAUAUACAAGAUACAGAAAUGCAAAAACAAUCUGAUUCGUCCAUUUCUAAAAAGAGUCCAAAACGCCUUUCUAAACAAUCAAAAAUUCUUGCACGAUCCAAAAAAGUAGUGGUAUCAAAAAAGAAAAAAAUAUUUCAUAACAGAAAAUUAGUACCCAAAACACCCAUGUUGUUGAGAUCAGAACUGGCCCAUUUGAAAAAUGUAGUAAGUGAUAUUCAAUCAAAUGAAAAGAAGAUAACCAAAAAAAAGACAAAAUCUAAAUUGGAUAAUGUUCCUAAUAAUAACCAAUUACUAGACAAUUCAAAUUCCUCUUUUGAAUUACAAAGUAAUGAGAAAAAUGAAAAGAAAUUAAAAACGAGACUUUCCCAAACUAGGAGUAGCAAUAAGAACAUUUCAAAACCUGAAAAACAUGUAGAGAUGAUCGAUUCUAAGAAAAGUGCAAAGAUAGAUGCAAAUCGUGAAGAAAAUAUUUGUGAGAUUUUGGAAACACAAACAAUUUGUCAAAACGAAAUUGUGCCUACAGAAGUACCAAUGUUAUUGCAACAAGAAUAUUCAAGUAAUAGUCCUACAAGAAAGAACAAGAGUAAUAAAAUAUUAAACAUAGAUACUGUACAGUCUUCCACAGAAGUUGAUGUAGUUACCACAGAGAGUCCUAAGAGGAAAUCUCCGAGUACAAGAAAAAAAAACAAGAGGAAACGGAUAACGAAGCCUGAACAAGAACAAAUAACUUCAAAGGAAAUUUUAGACAGUCAACCAGUGCAGUUUCAAGAUGUUCAAGAAGAAAAUGAAAUAUGUGAUAUUUCUAAAAAAGCUGACAUUACGGUUUUUGAUUUUGAUGAAUCAGAACCAGAAGUAGUCCCAUUAAGGUCAAACAACACUCCAAAAAAAGAAAAAUCCAUUUCAUUCACCAGUAAAGACUCUACGAGGUCAAACCCUCCAGAAGAAAAUGUUACUCCCAAAUCAAAGAAAGAGAAACCCACAGUACAGCAAGGAGCAACCCCUUCAGAAGUAAAUGUUACGCCAAAAUCAAAAAAGCAAAGAAUCGCAGAUGAACCAAUAGCCAAAGCACAAGCCAAAGUACAAUUACUUGCUGUGUUCGAUGAAAAUCCGACACAGACAAAGGAUUUAGAUACACCCGCAAACCCUGAUAAGAACAAAACCAAAUCAACUUCCAAGAAGAAAGUUGUCAAAAACCAACUUGUACAGGAACCUUGUCCGCAAAACGUAAACGUUAAAAGGAGAAGUAAACCGAAAACGUCACCCAACAAAACUAAUACACCUCAAACAAAACAGAGUCAAGAUACGUCUGGUAACACAGUGAGAACAAGCACCUCACCGUUGAAACAAACCACGAUUACGGACAUGUUCAACGUAAUGAUGAAAAAAGAGAAGUCUUCAGCGGAUUCGAUUUUUGAACCUUCUCCCAAAGAACCGACAGCGAAGCCACGAGAAGAAAACAGUAACGUAAAAACUAACAUGCCGCCACCGAAACUCGAUAAGAAGCCUCCCUCGAACAACGAUGUAGAAGAAUAUUAUGAAGACGACAGCGACUGUGACAGUCGGAUGGAGUGGAUCCCCGAGGAGUACGCGGAGUACAAAUUCAAAUAUUCGGCCAAGAAGAUGAUGACGUACAAGCCCAUUCACAAGUGUAAAAUAUGUCUGCUGAUCCUGCCCACUUAUUACAAGCUGAGCAAACAUAAGGAGGAGCACGCCAAGAAGCAGAAUCCGUACAACUGUAAGCAGUGCGAGCGGUCAUUCUCCAACGUCGAGGAUCUGACGGCACAUCUCAGAGUUCACAAAGGUAAACAUCCGUACACUUGUAAAAAAUGCGAUGUAGGGUUCUGGUCAAAGAAAGCUCUAGACGCUCACACACCUAUUCACGUACUGAGAAAGGUGAAGCAACCGAACAAACGUUUCCGGUGCGACGUUUGUGCAAAGGAGUUCAGUAAACUCUGCGACAUGGAAAGGCACACCAGGGUCCACACGGGCGAGAAGCCUUGCAUAUGCAACAUUUGCAACAAGCGCUUCCAGCAGUCUCACAAUCUCAGUAAGCACCUACUUACCCACUUGCACGUAAAACCGUUCCACUGCGAGAUUUGCAACAAGCAGUUCGGACGGAACGACGUGCUGAACAGACACCUCUUAACUCAUUCUGUCGAUAAACCGAUCAAGUGUCCUCUUUGCUCGAAGGGCUUCAUCAGGCAAAGUCAACUCAAUAAUCACAUGAAAAAGAACCAUCUAGAUGCCGCUAAAAUCGGUGUAACCGCCGAGUUUAAAGUCGCUGAAGCAAAAUAAUUUGCGUUCCGUAAAGUGGUGGACUAAUUUUCCUGAAAUUUUGACGUGCUAAUAUCUUAUACAGUUUUUUUAUGUACAAAAUAUUCUCCAAGAUUUAUUUAUUUCAUAUUCUCAGAAUAGUUAGGCGCUUGGUAUUUUUUUAUAAAAAAUAUAUUUAGUGUUAUUCCUUUUGUAAAGGAAAAUUGAGUUUUAUUUGAAGUACUGGGUGACGCAAAAUCUUAUUGGGGCUAAUAAUCACUGAAAUAAAGUUUCGAACGUAACUUGGUAAAAUAACUAUAAAAUUUACUUAUUUCGUAAAUAGUACGUUAUUGUUGCCAUAUAUUUUAGUAAAACCUCAAUAGUAAGUUUAUUUAUUUAAAAAAAA